AUGACGACGACUACAGCGACUUUGCCCUCCCUCACAGAGGUGGCUAAUAGUCCAGCGUUUCCAACCGCCCUAUGGCAGCUUGAGCCACAUCAAACUGGUCUUCUACCCGUAGCAACCGCCAGAGGCGGCCCCUUUAAAAUCAGUUGGGAAGUUCACGGUGAUGGCCCUAUAAAACUUAUUCUCAUCUCUGGCCUGGGCUUCUUCAAGACUGCCUAUCAGCGCCAGACGAUGUACUUUGGACACGUUCACGGGUCGAAAUACUCAGUACUAAUUCUCGACAACAGAGGUAUGGGCGGCUCUGAUAAACCUCUGGGGCGAUAUAGCACAUUGGAGAUGGCGCGUGACAUCUUAGAUGUAGCUGACUACCUUGGCUGGACAUCUUCGCGGCAGCUACACAUAUGUGGUAUAAGUAUGGGUGGCAUGAUUGCUCAGGAAUUGGCCUAUCUAGUACCUCAUCGCAUCAGUAGUUUGAGCUUGAUCAGUACCGCCGCUCAUAUCGAGAACACAACGUCUUUCUCGGAAAAUAUGGCGAACCGCAUCACCAUGCUCUUGCCCAAGAGCCUUGACCGUAGCAUACAGUAUGCGGCCGAUAGUAUCUUCCCUCCAGGCUAUCUAGCCCAACCAGACGAUGCUAUCGUUCCAGACGAAUCUAUCCCAAGAUGCAAUGUUCCUACCGGAGGUUACCGCAAAUUCAAAACUAACUACGAACGAUUUGCUGCCCAAGAACUUACGAAGCAGCGAGAUAGUGGCUUCACCAAAACCGGCUUCUUGCUGCAGCUCAUUGCGGCCGGCUGGCAUCACAAAAGUCCAGAACAGUUGAAAAGAUUAGGUGACGAGGUAGGACGUGAGAGAAUCCUAGUCGUACAUGGCACCGAAGACAGGAUGAUAUCGAUUCCCCAUGGGAGGAAGCUUAUAGAGUACCUACAGCCUGAUCAAAAAUUGAUAGUUCAAGGCCUAGGGCACGCGCCUCUUCUUGAACGAACACAAUGGUUUAAUGAGCUGAUAGAGGCACGUUGUUCUAUAGGUGAGAAACUCAACGGGUGA